AUCUGGAACAUAUGAUACCGGUGGCAAAUGCACCGUAAUUUCAGUUCUUUGACUGCAUUAACGGUGGCGUAAUACAUCUUACUUAAAUAUUAACAUAACCAAAAAUAUUUUUAAAAAUAUAUAUUACAGUAUAUCUCAUUAAGUAUACAUAUAUCUGCAUAAAAAGUAACAAAGAAUCAGGUUAUUUCAAACAAUUUUUAAUUUAAAAAACAAUCAAAAUGCCAUUUAUGAUUGGUCAAGCACCAAUACGAAGAACAUUAAAUUAUUUAAAAGCUGGUAAAUUAAUUUUAAAAGACGAAAUACAAAUAUUAAUACUUUUUCAAUCUUUUACAGAAAAUGGAAAUACUAUGUUAAUUGAUUUAGAUAGUAAAUCUAAAGAAGAUAUAUUAUUUCAUCUUCAAAUCGUAAUUGGUAAAGCAAAGCAUAUUCUGCAGCAAGAAAAUAUAAUGCAAGAAAAGAAAGAUAAUUCUGCUAAUUUUGGUGUUGGUUGUCAUAGAAGUUGCAUAUGUGUAAUACCUGGUCAAAUACCAUGUCCUGCUAUAGUACCCUUACCAUAUCACAUGCGUGGAAAAUAUAAAAAAAGUUUAAAAGAACCAUAAUUUUGUUUAUUUAUGUAAUUGUAUUAUGAUUAAAAUAAAACUAAUUGUAGU